CGCUCCCUCCGGUCGGAGGCCCGGGGGCUGAAAUGGUGGCGGGGAUGAACGGUCCCGGGGCCCUCAGCAGCGGGGGGCCUGGAGAGCAUUGGGGCUGAAAUACCGGGGCUGGCAGGCACACGGAGCGGUGGGUCAGCGCUGGUUCUGUCCCCGCUCGCAGCCUCCUUACGAUGAGCGGCAGGGUCCCCGCGGGGCUGGAGGGCAGGGUCCGGACGGCGCUGCGGGACGUCUUCGGCUUCGAAGCCUUCAAGACUGCACUACAAGAAAGCGCGACCAUGACUGUGGCGAGAGGAGAGAAGGAUGUGUUUGUGUGCAUGCCCACAGGGGCAGGGAAAUCCCUCUGCUAUCAGCUUCCUGCGGUUCUGGCAGUGGGCAUCACCAUUGUCAUUUCACCUCUGAUUGCCCUGAUCCAGGAUCAAGUGGAUCACUUACUGGCUCUGAAGAUUAAAGCCUACUCUCUGAACUCCAAGCUUUCUGCCCAGGAAAAGAAGACCAUCCUGGCUGACUUAGCCAGUGAAAGGCCCCAGGUGAAGCUCCUCUACCUCACCCCAGAGAUGGCAGCUGCCUCUUCCUUCCAGCCUGUACUGAACUCUCUGGUGUCUCGACGCCUCUUGUCCUACCUGAUAAUUGAUGAAGCGCACUGUGUCUCCCAGUGGGGACACGAUUUCCGACCGGACUACCUGCGGCUGGGCACUCUGCGCACUCGCAUACCCAAUACACCAUGCGUCGCCCUGACUGCCACUGCCACCAAGCAGGUUCAGGAGGACAUUGUGGCAGCGCUUAAGCUGAAGCAGCCACUCUCCACAUUUAAGACUCCUUGCUUCAGAUCUAACCUGUUCUAUGAUGUGCAAUUCAAAGAGCUCUUGACUGAUCCGUAUGCCAGCCUGAAGGAUUUCUGUCUGAAGGCGCUUGAGGUGAAGAACACCACUGGGGUGUAUUCGGGCUGUGGCAUCGUGUACUGCCGGACGAGGGACGUGUGUGACCAGCUGGCUAUUGAACUGAGCUACCGAGGAGUGAAAGCAAAGGCCUACCAUGCAGGACUCAAGGCAGCUGACAGAACUUCAGUCCAGAAUGAAUGGAUGGAGGAGAAGAUCCCUGUUAUUGUUGCAACCAUUAGUUUUGGGAUGGGAGUCGACAAAGCAAAUGUAAGAUUUGUUGCCCAUUGGAAUAUCGCCAAGUCCAUGGCUGGAUAUUACCAAGAGUCUGGCAGAGCUGGGAGAGAUGGGAAUCCAUCCUGCUGCCGCCUUUAUUACUCGAGGAAUGACCGGGAUCAAGUCAGCUUCCUGAUUAAGAAGGAGCUCUCUAACCUGCAGGAAAAAAAAGGCACCUUGAAGGAAUCUGAUAAAGCUGCAGUGACAGCUUUUGAUGCUAUUGUGAACUUCUGUGAAGAGCUAGGGUGCCGGCAUGCUGCCAUAGCAAGGUACUUUGGCGAUGCCACCCCACCUUGUAACAAGCGCUGCGAUUACUGCAAGAACCCAGGGGCAGUGAGGAGGCAACUGGAGACUCUGGAGCACUGCAGCAGCAGCUGGAGCAAAACAUCCAUUGGGCCUGCUGGUUCCUCCUGGGACAGCUACGACCCCGAGCUGUACGAAGGUGGGAGGAAAGGCUGCAGAGGUUUUAGCAGUUAUGAUGAAGAAAGCCGUGGGAAUGGGGAUGAAGCCAAUGAAGAGAGUCGGAAACGGGAGUGGAACAACUUCUACAGAAAGCAGAUGAGUCUGCGCAAAGGCAAAGAACCAGAAAAGGAAGAUUUUGUUCCUCCAAGUGCAGACUGCCCCUUGAAGGAUGCCAGCAGCAGGAGGAUCUCCAAGCUCACAGUGAAGGGACGGGAACACUGCUUGAAGAUGCUGGAAGAGGCUUUGAGCACCAAUCAAAAGGUUCCAGCAGCAGGAGGAAAAGGGUCAGACCCUCUUGCCUGCGCUGUGGAUCUGGAGCACGAAGCUUUCCGAAUGAGUAAAAUGGCCAACUCGUACAAGGCUUCUGUGCUAAAGAAGGUGGCAGAAAUCAACAAAGCCUCAAAACAGGGAGAGUUGUUCUCAGUCUUUGGGUCUGGAGUUGGUGUCAACAGCCGCUUGGAAACAAAACCCGGGUCUGCAGCAGAAGAGGAUUUCCUCCCUGCAUCCCAGGUUUACUCAUUCAAACCCAAGCGUGUGGGAGCAGGAUUUCCAAAGAAAUCCAGCUUGUUCCAGACAGCUUCGGAAAUGCUGAAGAUCCAGGAGGAGAGCGAUGCAAAGUGUGUAAAAAAAGAAGUAGAUUGUCCUAACGAGCAAGAUAACGGCAACUGCAGUCUGGAAUUGGACACCAGAAACCCUGAUUUCCAGAAGAAAGAAAUGGCAACCAAUGCAGUGUGUGAACGUGCUGGGGUGGAAGUGCUCCUUCCCGAAAAAAGGAGACGGCAACCCAGUCCAGACCCAAAAGCUGCCCUCUGGGAUAGCCCUACUAAGAAAUUCAAACCUAGCAAGAAGCAGCAAAUGCUCGCAGAAGCAGCCAAAAAAGAAUCACAAGAUAUUUCCAAGUUCUUCUCUCUCUCCAAAGGUCAGUCUAAAGCCAAAAGCUGCAGCUCAGCAGAAAAGGAUGUCUGCUCUGCAGGCACACUACCUCAGGUUUCUUCUCAAAGCGUGUGUCAAGAGAAAUCACUACCUCAGGAGAACCAAGGUGUCUCUGGAGAAGGCGUGGCUGCACAGUCCCAGGAAGGGAAUGAAGAGCUGGGUGAAACAGGAGUAACACUUACUGAGAGGGUGGAGGAUCUCAAGACCCAGCAGGCUGUUGAACCCAGACUCCUUCAGGAAGAAAUGGAUAUAAAAUCCAGUGCUGCUGAAAGUGUGGUAGAAGCUGUGGUAACUGUUGUUGGGCAAGGAGAACAUGGGAAGCAACCAGGAUCAGAUGAGGAUAUGGAAAGUCCUGCAACAAAGCGGAGAGUGGCAAUAUCUUCUAUUCUGUCCCACCCAGAAACCAAAAAUGUUGGUCCAACAAAGAAGAAGGUGACUUUUGAUCCAAACUUAGCACAGCAUCAUAAAGAAGGAACCAGCAAGCCUGUACAGCCAGCGACCAAAGGCGUGUCCCUCAAAGAGACAGCAGACAUUGUGGUCAAGUACUUGACCCCAUUCUACAAGGGUGGCAAAUUUGCUUCCAAGGAGCUGUUCAAGGGCUUUGCUCGGCACCUGUCUCACUUGCUGGCUAAGGAGAACCCGGCCUCCAGGAACGGAGGAAGCACAGAGACUCAUCAAGGAGUUUUUCAAGUCGAGGGCCAGGUGUGACAGUGAGGCAGACUGGCAGGACCUGCAGAGCUCAGGAAGCUGAUCCCUGCAUCAUGUUGUCUGUCUUCCUCCAGCACUGGGACCAAGGAAUCCUGAAGAACUCAAACAUGGAGUGUUUGGUGACGCUGCAGCAGUGAGUGUUCUUUUCCCACUUCAUUUUGCUCACUUCUGUCCUGUGUGACACACGCUUUAGGAACCACUUUCUGUGAGCUCAAGGAGUUUCUCCUGUACCGAGCGUCCUGAAGCUCUCAGUACCUCUUGGCGAGAGGUGUGAGGUUUGUGCCUGCUGUGUGCGUUGGAGGCCGCUGCCUCACAAGCUCUGCAGCGUCUCCAACCUCUGCUCCCACAGGGCAGAGUGUCUGGGAGGGGCUUUGUGGCUGGGGCUCCGCUUUGGGAGGGCAUCUCGCUGCCUACAUGGCUCCUUCUCUCACUGCCCCAUCUCCUGGUUCCUAUCUCAGUGUUAUCAAUAAAGCCCUACACUACAAGUUCCUGUGCUUUGCUCAGGGCUGCCAGUGAUGGACAGUCCCUGCAUGGAACACUUUCCUUUGAACGGAAGGAGGGGAGCAUUUUGUUUUUACCAUGCAGGCCAUGCCUACUUUCCAAAGGUGAGAAAGUCGAAUUCUUUUUUCUUUUAAUCUUAACUUUUUUUGUCUUUGUCUGGUUCUGCCUGCCCUGUAACUGAAGCCGUGAUGCUUUUUCAGUAUGAACCUCUCCAACAGUGGCACCAAGGUUGCCAACACUUCUCCAGCAUUUGCUUGUAACCCCUAAAGCCAUAUUUCCUGCCUGUGCCUCACCCACAGUCUGCAAUAAAGAGGGUGAUGCUGCUUUUACAGCUGUGAAGGUACCGCUGUGGCCCUCACGUUGAUGCUGUGGUGCCUCUGCUGCUAUAUUUAUAUAAGGACCUGCACAGUAGGGGGUCAGAUGGUGUGAGAUAACCCGAUUCCCUGGCACAGGUCCUUUCUGUUGUGUUUUUCUUAGGUUCUUGCCUGGUGGCCUCAGGCACUAGAGCUGCCAGAGGAAUCCGCAGCCUGAGAGGCCACCAAACAGGCUUUUUUGUCACUGUACUGAACAGAUGUGUUGGUUCAAAUGUACCAAAGGGUAUGUGGGAGCUGACAAUAAAAGUGUGGUAGCUGCUUUGGAUGCUUCUGGAUGCUUUUCCUUGCCAGUCAUACAGGGUAGUCUAGGACAUGUUAAGACUCCAUCACUGUUAACACAGACAAGAAAGCUCAUUUCUCAGCUGAACAGGCAGUUAAUUAAUAAAUGCAAACCUGGCAUGGGAGGGGAGGAAAGCAAAGCAUGGCCAGCAGACACCACCAGGCAGGACCAGGAGAACCUGGAAAUGUUUAACUCAGAAAUCCCUUCUGUCCUCAGCUACUCUGCUCCCUGAAGGACAAAGGGCUUUUACAAGAAGCCUUUUAGACAAUAGAAGUUAUUUUUCAGCUGGUGGCUUCUAUUUUACCUUCCCUUUAAAAAAAAUCUUUUUUAUCAGCCACCAAAGUGGCAUUGCCCAGAGCCACCUGGAGCUCCGCGCUUCUGGAGUUCAGCUGCUGCUGGGGCAGCUUCCCAGAAAUGCUUUGUUUAUCCUGUAAAGCGGAGUGAAGGCGUGGGGUUGUGUGACAAAGGGCUUUGUCACAGUGUGGGGCUUUUCUAAUCCGAUGGGCUAUGCUUCUGUGUAAGGCAGCAAAAGCUUGGAGACAGACAGUGGGAACAAGGAGAAGGAGAUCUGCAGAAGCCUCUGUUCCUUCUUUUCCUGUCGCCGUGCUGUGUCACCCAGCCUUGCGUCACCUGAAGGGGAGGAUGGGACAUGCUUCAGCUGAGACUCGAUGGGCGGGCCGGUGCUGUGGUUCCUGCUGGAACCGCUCCCUGGCCAGAAGCUGCUGGCACGUCAGGGCUUGCCCUGAGCCCCCCUUGCUCCUGGCCCCUUCCCAGCAAGCAGUGAUGGCCUCUUCCACACGCGUUGCUAGGGCCUGCGGGUCGGUGCCCGCACUGGAUGUGAAGCAGUGUCUGUCACGUCACAGCUCCAGAACAUCAUUGGGAUUGUUUUAUUGCAGUCUCCUGAGGUGCAGGUAUUUUUAGUCCAGUAGGACAGCUGUAGCAGUAAAAUAUUAAGUGUUUUUGUACAACCUGGAACCUUGUGCCCUGCGAUACGGGUUCCACUGGAAC